AUGCUGCUACCUCAAGGUGAUGAGUUGAAAUCAACUUGCUCCAUUGUGACUGGUUGCAGCUGUCUGUCUUCCCUGUUCUCCUCCUGGAUCGUAAACCUGUUGAACAUAGUGGAUAAUAGAGUCCUUACUUUAGUUUCCUCUUUAAACCCCUGGACAACACUGAUUUGUUUUUUUCUCCUUUUAUAUUAUUUGCACUUUCAGGAAUGUUUUAAGGGAAGCUGGGCUACUCACAAGCUACUACACAAGAAAGCAAAAGAUGAAAAAGCCAAACAAGUUUCUUCUUGGACUGUGGAAGGUGACAUUAACACAGAUCCUUGGGCUGGAUAUCGAUAUACUGGUAAACUUAGACCACAUUAUCCACUGACGCCGACGAGGCCUGUGCCAAGUUAUAUUCAGAGACCUGAUUAUGCUGAUCACCCAUUAGGAAUGUCUGAAUCAGAACAGGCUCUUAAAGGAACUUCUCAAAUAAAAAUCCUAUCGUCUGAAGAUAUAGAAGGCAUGAGAGUAGUAUGUAGGCUUGCCAGAGAAGUGUUGGAUGUUGCUGCUAUGAUGGUGAAACCAGGUGUAACUACUGAAGAAAUAGACCAUGCUGUCCAUCUAGCCUGCAUUGCAAGGAAUUGCUAUCCUUCCCCUCUGAAUUAUUAUAAUUUCCCUAAGUCAUGCUGUACGUCUGUGAAUGAAGUGAUCUGCCAUGGAAUUCCUGACAGACGGCCUUUGCAAGAGGGUGAUAUUGUUAAUGUGGAUAUUACUGUAUAUCGCAAUGGUUAUCAUGGGGACCUAAACGAGACUUUUUAUGUUGGGGAAGUUGAAGAAGGUGGAAGAAGACUAGUUCAGACAACUUACGAGUGCCUAAUGCAAGCCAUUGAUGCAGUGAAGCCUGGUGUUCGGUACAGAGAACUGGGAAACAUCAUUCAGAAACAUGCCCAAGCCAAUGGGUUUUCAGUUGUUCGGAGCUACUGCGGGCAUGGCAUCCAUAAGCUUUUCCAUACUGCCCCCAAUGUGCCACAUUAUGCCAAAAAUAAGGCAGUUGGAGUAAUGAAGCCUGGUCAUGUGUUUACAAUUGAACCAAUGAUCUGUGAAGGUGGGUGGCAAGAUGAAACGUGGCCUGAUGGCUGGACCGCGGUAACAAGAGAUGGAAAAAGAUCUGCCCAGUUUGAGCACACGCUUCUGGUCACAGAUACCGGCUGUGACAUCUUAACUCGGCGGUUGGAUAGCACUCGUCCUCACUUCAUGUCCCAGUGUUAGUUUAGACUGAGCUGGAGGAUCUUUUUAUUUCUGUACUAUGCAUUUUACUGAGCGUACUGGAUAGAGGGGGAUUUUAUCACUUGUUUUGUUCUCAUUGACUGUAGAUAAGAGCAGAAUACAGCAUUCGGUGUAUAUUUUGAAGAACUUGACCCAGUGUCAAUAAGCAGAAAAGAAUUUUAAUUUUUUUCCGCUUCCCUCCUACCCAAGACACUCAUACUGUAUUUUGUGUUUUUCUUCAAUUGCCUCUUUAGCACCUUUCUUCUAAUCAGGCCUGCAAUUGCUUCUAUCACUCUCAUGAUACUAGCUGGAAAAUGCAGGUUUCUUUCACACUGGGGACUUGAUGUUUUGGGUAUCCAGGUUUCUCCAUUUCUUCAGUGUGCCCUGCCUUCAUUAGUGUGUGUGCGGCACCUGGGAUUUUAAAGAUUUCUAUUCCAAAGACCUGCUUAGCUACUUCUGCAAACACUGUUCUCACAGGCUGGGCCUUGUUUUGUUUAUGACCUGAGAUAUACUCAAAAAAAUGCAAAUUGCCAAGAGUAGUUUACAUUUUAGCUCUGUCCCAUCUCUGUUGUUGCCUCUGCUGUGAUUGUGACUAUAGAUGAUGCCAUGUGCUUUUGGUGGGAUUUACUUCCUCUUGCUGGAAAUUAUUAAUGCUGGUUCCAUGCUGGGAGAUCACUAAAAUACUACUUUGUAUUUGUUUCCCCAAAAGAGUUGCCCCUCUGAGGAGCAGUGGUUAGCAGAGUAUGGUACUCUGGAAGUUCACUGUGAAACUGCUGUUUCAGACCCGAGUUGAGAAAGGAAUGAAACAAAUAACCAAACAAAAACAUGAUUUGCAGGCUCCAGUGUAUUUUAACUGAUGCAUGUUUCCUAAACAGAUCCAGGGUAGCUAUGGGAUGGGAAUUGCAAGGUGCAGGACAUUACAGCAAGGCAAAUGAAAACGGUCUAAAAUUAAUGCUUAAAUGUUUGAGUAAAUAGGAAACAUCUUCUAUACUGCUGCUGUGUUAGGGUAUUUUUUUAAUUAAAAUUUUUUUAAGUGAAUUUCAUGUUGUUUGAAAACGUGUGGGUAGGCAGCCUUGGAAACUCAAUGCCUGUGCAACUGGGUAUAGAGUGGCCAGUUCUAUUGCAUCCCAUUCUUCUAAUUUGCUAUGAUCCUGACCUGUAAGGUACCACUUCAAGGACUGUGGGGUUGAGUUAGCCUCAAGCCCUUGGUCCUCUCAGUCUUUGUUGUCUGUUGAGAUUUUUCUUUUCUGAAUCAGUAAUGAAAAUGAUUUCACUUAUAGUUUUCCUUUAUACCACUGUAAUGCAAAAAAAAAAAAAAUUAAACCAAUGAA